CAAGUGCAACCAUUUCAAGUCAUCAAAAACAGCCAGGUUAAAAUAUACAAGGAAUUGAUUUAUUACAAAGUUUGCAAAAUACUCUAUCCAAGGACAGCAUUGUUGGAAAAGUAGUGGUUCUGGACGACAAAUUUGCAAUCCAGAAGACUUAAGGAAUCAAGUCGGUCGCAAACCUUCUCUUAGUAAGACAUGGAACCCAAGGCUAAGAAAGUCAGGCUUACCUCGACCCUCAAUACUGUAGCAAGAUAUUUUGAAUGCGUAUCCUGUCUUGGUCGUGGUUCAUUUGGAAUUGUCAUGGAAGCACGGGCUAAACUGGCCAGGUCUGCUUGUGCAAUUAAGUUUAUCUUCCCAGAUAAAGAGGACGACGAAGAACUGAAGAAAAUACUUCGAGAAUGUGAGAUCACGGAAAAUUUAAAACCUCACGAAAAUGUUGUAAGAAUAAUUAAAGUAUCAAGCGCUGAAUAUUCCAUGACAACUUUGAAUCGUGUCAUGCCAGAUAAUAUAUUGCCAUCGGAAGAAGGCUACUUAGGCUUGAAAGAAAGAUGCAGAAAUAGGUUGAAAAUAAGUGGUAAAAUAUUAGGGAUUUCAAUCCAGAUGGGGCUGUGUGGUGAGGAUUUAAGGAAAUGGCUGAAUAAGGAAAUACUGGCUCCCUCGAUUAACCUCUUAUUCGUUCAAAUCCUAGUUAUAAAGGACAUGGUUGCAGGUUUAGCGCAUUUACAUAAAAACCAUAUCUUGCAUCGAGAUUUUAAACCAGAAAAUGUCAUGUUCGCCAAGAGUGAUUUCACACUCCCUGUUAAGAUAGGAGAUUUCGGUUUAUGUAGAAAUUUGCGUUCGGAAGAAAGUCAAAAUAGUACUCUGACCAGUAGGAUGGGGACACUGGACUAGAUGGCUCCAGAGUCGUUUGGAAAAGAUUACAGUUUUCCAGCUGAUCUGUACUCAUUAGGGUUGGUAAUUUGGGAAGUUUGUCAACUCCUUAAGUCCAAUGAAAAGAAGCGCCUAUUUGACCGCCUAAUAAAUGAUAAAGAAGAACACCUGGUUGUAGAUCAUCCAGAGAUUCAAGGUGUCAGGCAGCUCAUCAUUGACUUAACAAAAAGAAAGGCAGAUGAUAGAAUUCAAAGCAUUGACGAGGUCAGUGGUAUAGUUGAAGCAUGGACUUUUAAAAUAAAUUUAGUUGCUCGAAAUGGUGAAGAAUUGCGGGAAUGUUUAAAGAAUCCGGUUCCUGGGUUAGAAAUAACCCUUAUCGAGUGUAUGUAUUCGGGAAAGUUUGAGAUGAAGAGAGAAAAUGUCACAAUAAUUGGUAAAGGAGAACAAACCAUCAUCAGAGGUGAAUUUAAUAUUAGUGGAACUGGUUAUAAAAUUUCAAACCUCAAAUUCCGGCAGGGCGAAGUAUAUAAAACAGGAUUGCGUUACUUGAAAGUAUAUGGCAAUAAAAAUAAAUUUCAUGACAUUUCUCUGUCUGGUGGAUCAUAUGGAAUUGUAGUAACUGGCGACCAUAAUCAAUUCGAAGACAUAAAUAUUUCUCACAUGAACGAUGGCAUGAGAAUUUCUGGUUCUUACAAUGAAAUUGAUCGCGUAAUACUUGAGACAAUUUCAAGUAGAUGUAUAAGCUUUGAAUUUUACUCACAUCAUAACACGAUCUCCAAUGUGACAGGAAACAACGUAGGAUCAGGGAUUCGUUCUAGUGGCCAGGAUAACACAUUUAAAAAUUUUUCAUUUACAAAGGGUAAUGGAUAUCGAGGUGACGGAAUUUUAUUAUCUCCUAACGCGCAGUCACAGGCCGCGGAACGUGUGAAGGCAUUUGGGGGCUUGAACAUUGUGGGAUAUCGGGGGGAGGGGCUUGUUAACAUGGAAGGGAUAUGAGGUUUCAAAAUUUCGAUGGGGGCAUUAUCCCCACGCCCCCACGGUUCCGCGGCCCCUGCGCGCAGUACAACCGUUUAGAAAAUUUCACUUGUGUCGGAUUUAAAAAACUAGGUGCAGGUCUAGAUAUAUCCGCGAACAACUGCACUGCAUUAUUUGGUAAGUGCGACUCGAUAAAGGUCCUCUCCAAUUACGCCGAAUUGGAAGAUGUGGAUGGUGGUGAAAUAAUUGAAAUUGGUGAUGAAUGCAGAGAAGUUAAGUUGACCAGGUGUAAAGCGAAAUUGCUAAAGGCGAAUUCUAAGGUACGUCUUGUAGAAUCAGAAUUUGGUAGAAUAGAGAAUGACUUCGUGUCUGAUGAAAAUUCUAAAUAGAAUACUAGGUCACCAUACAUAUUAUGAUUGUGUAAUUUACUGAGUCAGGAAUACAUCAUAGUUAAUAAUUAAGCCAAAUGCGAAAUAAAAUACAAACAUGUAAAACUUAAACGGUACACCAUGGGAAGAAAUUAAAGGGUGUAGAAAUUGAUUAUAAAACUUGAUUAUUAAAAUAUUGAAACAAUUUAAAAAAAUUAUUUCAGAUAAUUAAAGUUUUUGCUUUAUUGAUAAUUUAAUAAAGUAACCUAAACUUCGUUUCUUUA